AUGCAUAGGAAAGCGUAUACCGAGAAAGUGAAGAAUAAUCCCAGAGUGGAUGCCAACAUUUUCAGCAUCUUGACGUUUUCUUGGAUUCUACGCACUUUCUGGGUGGGUUAUCGUCGAGAUCUUGAAGUAACUGAUUUGUAUACACCACUUAAAGAGCAUACAAGUGAUAUUCUUAGUGUUAAAAUAGCGAAAGCUUGGGAGAAGGAAUGGAAGGCAUAUCAGUGUCGGCUGGAGCAGGUGACGAAAUGUGGAUCACAGAAGAAGGUUAAGGAGCCCAGCCUGAUGAGAGUCCUCAUCAGGUGUUUCGGUUUCAAGACCCUACUGUGCGGAACUUUCAUGGCCGUUAUAGAAAUUUUGCUCAGAAUAGUGCAACCGUUAUUGUUAGGUCAGAUGCUGCUCUAUUUUAACACCACAGGCAUCGACAAGUUUUACUCGUACAAAUGCGCCAUCGGCAUUAUUUUGUGCUCCGCUGUUAACAUAUUCGUAGUCCAUCCUUACAUGAUGGAUAUGACUCAUUUGGGUAUGAAGGUUCAUGUAGCCUGCUGUUUGCUGAUCUACCGCAAGACGUUGAAGCUAACUAUAACCGCGUCGGGCGAAACGACAAUCGGCCAGGCAGUUAAUCUGCUAUCUAACGAUGUCAAUAGAUUCGACGUCAGUAUCAUAUUUCUCCAUUAUUUGUGGCUCGGAUCUUUGGAGACCAUCAUCAUCACAUACAUUACAUUCCAUUUGAUCGACAUCGGAAUAUCAUCUAUUUUCGGUAUCGCAUUUCUUCUGAUGUUCAUCCCUUUUCAAGGUGAGGCAGUCAAUGCUCUGUUAGUUUCUAGCAAACAUUUCUAA